AUGCAUGAAAUAGGUCACGCGUUAGAUCUUGAACAUGUAAAAAAUAGACAGUCGAUCAUGUUCCCGACCUAUCAGCUGAAACAACGAUCUGACGUCCUAACAUCCAUUGAUCAACAAUCGAUACAAGCUCUUUAUGGAAAAAAGGCUGAGGCAGACUCUCAGAAUGAUAUCCAACAAGGACAAGUGUUUGGAAAUCCAGUCGGAGGGGUACAAUUUAAUACAGUCACCAAAUCUGUCGCUUUGAUUAGUAGUCAUCGGCUAUACGAAAUUAACGUUCAAUAUCAGGAAGGUUUACUACAGUCGAUCCGAAUGUACUACUCGGAUCCGCCAACUUUGACAUCGACACAUCGCGGUACAUUUCGUUGUGUGACACAAACACUUUUACACUGA